AUGACACUCGAUGUGAGAUUGGUUGAAGGAGGAACCCUCACUAUUUAUGCAAAUUACAUUGCUGAGGACUGUAGUGAUCAUGGAGUGUAUGGAGAAGACUUUACUGAGACCCCACCAUACCCUUAUGCUGACUUUCAAGUUCUCCAUGCUGAGUUUGAUUGGUCACCAAUUAUAUCUAAAGAUGGGCCAUUCGGGUAUAUUGUCGAUCUUUGGGAAGGACCCCUACCCCAUAGAGAAUUUGAGCUAACAGAAGAAACCCCAUCAAUGGCUGUUCAUGGGUAUCGAGUACAACAAUUUAGAAGUAUAAUAAUCUAUGUGAACAGCGGAACAGUCGAUUUUCUCAUCGACUAUGCACAAGAUGGUUGUUUGACGGAGAAAAAGGAAAUGUGUCUGGAUGCUUUAAGCUUUGAAGUCGAUGAUGAAGUGUUGAGUCCCCGGCAAGGAGAACCAAUGCUAAAUCUGCCUACUCUUGGAGAAACGCUGGGCCCAAGAAUGCGACACGGAUCGAUCGAUCAAGGAACGGCUUCACAAGAGUGUCUGUAUUUUCAGUCUUCAAUCACUUGCCCAUCAAGCACAUUGUAUUCCACUUAUGCAGGCGGUGAUCCAGGACUCAACAAAUCUGAAUAUCUCCUUCUAGAGGCAGAAUCUGGUCAUUCCAUAUUAACUCGGAACACAGCCACAACCAUUUUCACGGAAAGCGAUUGCUCAUUUUGUUUGGUUUACGACCUACGAACAGCUGAAGAGCUUUUGGAGGGUUUUUCCCUUUGGACAUCUUACUUUACUCCGUGGACAUUCGAUAAAUCAGACGAGCUUUUGCACCGAAUAUGGUCGAAAAAAUGGUGGAACUAUUUUCGUAAUAGGUCAGACGAACCUCGUGAGAUGAAAGCUGAAGUGAAAAAGAUUAUCGGUGGAACUCUUUACCUUUGGGCAUUUCGUGAACCGCUUUGCAAAACAAAUCCCCUAAUGCCAACGAUGAAUGUUACUUUAACAACCCUUCCGAUAAACUCAACGUUUUAUUUUGACGCUGCGUGUUUCGGGCUCGAUUGGCAAGCUGAUGAAGAUGCAAUUGCGGGUGCCGGCUUUGUGCUUCAUUUGUGGGAGGGAGAAAUAAUUGUACCAACAAAUGAUACACCGAUCACAAUACCAAACUUCCCAACGACGAACACUCGCUUGUUUUUCAUUGUUGGAGGAGCAGUUAGUGGAGUUCUUAUUCUAUUGGUCAUUGUCCUCUCUCUUGGUUUGGUCUAUCAGUGUUGUCCUGGAUGUUGGCCGAUGAGAUAUGUAUUGAAAGAACGAAUGCAAUUGUACGCUCUUCAUGAAUUGCGGAAACACUGGAAGAACGAUUACAAGAGUCACUUCAAAGAGUAUAGCAAAUUUUGUGAU